GACAGCACAUGAUCGCAAGGUUCCUGGAGCAGGAGAAGGCUCUCUCACAGGUCCUCCUUGCAGAUAAGAAGGCGAGACAUCUGGUGCCAAGCUGGCAAGACAUGUCACUGCUCGAGUCUGUGAGCAAAGCACUUGGUCCUCUGGUGGAGUUCACUGACGCUUUGUCAGGGGAGAUGUACGUCAGCGUCUCCUUUCUGAAGCCAGCCCUGCACCUCUUCAACAACAAAGUGCUCAGCCGGCAGGAUGGGGACACAGAGCUCACAGAAGCAAUCAGAGAAGGCAUCCUCAACUACCUCAAUGAAAAGUAUGAUAAUGAGCCCACCGACAACAUCCUCAACAUGGCAACACUUGUUGACCCACGGUUUAAACUGGCCUACACGAAGGAAGAGAGGGUGGAGUUCAUCAAGACGAGAGCUGCAGCAGAGAUGGAGGGAAUGUUGGCACCUGAACAUGCACCAGCAGCAUUAGCCUGCUUACAGACCCCCUUACCAACAGCAACAGCCCACUCACCACCAGCUGAGUCAGAUCCAGAGCUUCCCCAUCCAACAAAGAAGAUAAAGAAGAGUUUGGGCAGCUACUUCAAGAAGGCAGCAGGCAGCACCCACUCUCAGCCCACCAGAGCCUCCAUUGAACUGGAGCUCAACAUGUAUCUCCAGGCACCUGGGCCUGAGUCGGAGGCUGACCCUUUGGAAUGGUGGAAGCAGCAUGAAUUGAACUUCCCAUCACUAGCCAGGCUUGCCAAGAAGUACUUGUGCAUUCCCGCCACGAGUUCGUCAUCGGAAAGGGCCUUCAGUGCAAGUGGAAAUAUAGUCACAUGCAAGAGGUCACGUCUUAAGCCAGAGAGAGUCGACCAACUUACUUUUCUCGCCAUAAACCUGUGAAUUCAUUUUAUCUGCAUCGUUAAUUAAAAUUAAUGU